AUGUUCAACCUCCACAUCCCUUGCUAUGUAAAGCCAAACUCCUCUGCUCGCCGUACAGGUAUUAUAAACGUGGGAAUUGAUAAAGUCGAGAUUUCCGUGGCUGCUGUUCCACGCGACGGGGCAGCUAAUAUUGCAGUGUCGCAUGUCGUUGCAGAGAUCUUCAAAGUUCCAAAAUCGAGCGUCCAGGUUAUUCACGGCGCGAAAUCACGAGAGAAAACCUUGUGUGUUGCCGACCUGGAGAUCGGAGACGACGGCGAAACAGCAUACUUGCAGCGUGCGACACAAAUAUUAAAGGCCGCUGUCAUGACACGAAACUCCUAG